AUCUAUGACUGUUUUUGUAUUCUUCCACGAAGAAGUGAAGUUGUAUGCUGAAGAUGCCAACGAAUGCUGCGAACGUUUGGCUUAUUAUGGCAUUGCCAAGAAUUUAAUCACUUACUUCACAAACAAAUUGCGUGAGACCAAUGUUUCUGCGGCUAGACACGUCAUGACUUGGCAAGGAACAUGUUACAUCACUCCUCUUCUUGGAGCUCUAAUAGCUGAUGCUUAUUGGGGAAGAUACUGGACAAUUGCUUGUUUCUCUGCGAUUUAUUUCAGCGGAAUGGUUGCACUGACACUCUCAGCUUCAGUUCCAAGUCUGAAGCCAACGGAAUGUAAAGGCUCCAUUUGUCCACCAGCAACAAUGGCUCAGCAAGCGGUUUUGUUUUCAGGGCUUUACCUAAUCGCUCUUGGAACCGGAGGAAUCAAACCAUGUGUCUCAUCCUUUGGCGCUGAUCAGUUUGAUCAGACUGAUCCAAAGGAACGUGUCAGAAAAGCAUCUUUCUUUAACUGGUUCUACUUCUCAAUCAACGUUGGUGCAUUUGUCUCAUCUACUUUGCUAGUGUGGAUUCAAGAGAAUUGUGGAUGGGAACUUGGAUUCUUGAUACCAACAGUGGUUGCUACUGCGAGUUUCUUCUUUGGCACUCCUCUCUACAGGUUUCAGAAACCUGGAGGCAGCCCUAUAACUCGAUCUUUCCAAGUUCUUGUAGCCUCAUACCGUAAAUGGAACCUCAAUUUCCAUGAAGAAGAAGACCACACACCUCUGUUUGAAAUAACGGAUGUAAAGCGGAAGAUUGAACACACGGACGGUUACAAGAAAAACUUCUGCCCUCUAGUUUCUCUAUUUGACAAUUUGAUCAUUAUACUGUUCUUCAUUGCGAUUAUCUCAGAAGGAGACACAAAAUACGAUCCGUGGAAGCUUCGUACCGUGACUCAAGUCGAAGAAGUCAAGAUUCUGUUACGUUUGUUCCCCAUUUGGGCCUCAGGGAUCGUUUUCUCAGUCCUACAUUCACAGAUAUACACCUUGUUUGUUCAACAAGGAAGGUCCAUGAGACGAACCAUCGGCUCCUUCGAGAUCCCUCCAGCUACUCUCGGGAUGUUCGACACAACAAGUGUCCUCAUAUCAGUUCCAGUAUACGAUAGACUCAUCGUUCCCUUUGUGAGAAGAUUCACAGUAUACGAUAGACUUUUCGUCUCUGUCUUGAGCUUGGCGGUUGCAGCUAUCAUUGAGACGGUUCGGUUGCGGUUGGCACGAGAUCUUGAUCUGGUGGAGAGUGGAGACACUGUUCCGUUGAGUAUCUUCUGGCAAAUCCCUCAGUACUUUCUUAUGGGCACUGCCGGAGUUUUCUUCUUCGUUGGUCGGAUUCAGUUUUUCUAUGAGCAGUCUCCAGAUUCGAUGAGAAGCUUGUGUAGUGCUUGGGCUCUUCUCACUACCACACUCGGAAACUACUUGAGCUCGAUGAUCGUUACCCUUGUGGCGUGUUUGAGCGGGAAAGAUGAUGGUUGGAUUCCUUCAGACAACCUUAACAUAUGCCAUCUUGACUACUUCUUCUGGCUUUUGGUCUGUCUUGGUUGUGUCAACAUUCCAAUUUUUGUCUUCUUCUCUGUUAAAUACACGCAGAAGAAGGUUUCC